CCUCCUGGAAGCUGCCAUGGCAGCUUCCUCUGCAGUUUCCUCUGUUAAAACUUCCGAGUUGGUUCUUAAGACUUCCAUAUCAGUGGCACCUUCCUCUGCAGUUUCCUCUUUAUAACUUCCGAGUUGGUUCUCAAAACUUCUCUAUAACAGCUCUCACCCACUAGAGGAAGGGGCACGGCGAUCUCUCACAACACAUUCAUUUGUUAAGCUCGUGAUAAAGCAACUCAGGUUCGGUCUCUAGAGAGAAGGGAACAGGAAGGAAAAUGGUGUUCAAGUUUGCCACCUUCGAUCCCGCCCAAGAUCCCGAUGAUUUCAACCCUGCUUUUCCACCUACUCCAUCAUCGUCACCCUCAGCAACACUCUGUCAACCAUGCGAAUACACCUACACGUUCACCAAAACCUUAGUCAGCCGACUUGUUGCUGCCGGUGCUUCUCUUGUCUUAACAGCCCCCCCAGCUUCUGAAUUUCACAAAGAUGAGAUUCGAGACCGACACGCAGAGACGCCAUUUUGUAGUAUCAAUUUGGAUGUCCAUCCAGAAUUUCACCAAAGACAGCUUAAAGAGUUUACUCUGAAGGAGUUGAAGGUGGCUACCCAAAAUUUCAGCAACACGAAACUUUUAGGCAGAGGUGGAUUCGGCAUCGUCUAUAAAGGUCAAUUAGCUGAUGGUUCCCUAGUGGCAAUCAAAAGAUGCAGUAGAGGCAACGCUCAAGGUGUAAGAGAGUUCGAAAGAGAAGUAAUGGUUGGUAGCAUCAUACCUCCACGUCACAAUCUGCUUCCCAUGAUCGGAUUUUGCAGAACAUCGAAAUGCAGGGACUUAUUGCUCGUCUCCCCUUUGAUGAUCAAUAAAAGUGUGGACUACUGCUUGAGAUCGCAGCCCAAGACACGACCCCCGCUGGACUGGCUUACCCGCAGAAAAAUAGCCCUGGGAGCUGCGAGAGGGCUGUCCCUUCUGCAUGAUCUGAACAUUUUGCACCUAGAUAUCAAACCUUCAAACAUUAUGUUGGAUGAGGAAUUUGAGCCUCACAUUGGAGACUUUGGGUUGGUCAAGUUCACCGAUGGCAGGCAUUGUAGAUACUUGGUGGAUGGCAUCGAGGAAGCACCUGUACUUCCGACGAAUGAAUCCAAAGCAGGAUCUGUCAAUGAAGAUUCCUAUUCCACGUAUGUGAUAUGUGGCACAGAUGGAUAUCUGGCUCCAGAAUAUGCGAAGAGGGGGAAAUUCUCGGUGAAGACCGACGUCUAUGCAUUUGGGGUGGUCCUUCUGCAACUCGUGACAGGACAAAAAGCGCGUUUACCUGCAGCGCGUGCAAAGGAGCAAGAGAUAAUGUUACCCGAUUGGGUAAAGGGGCUUCUGGAAGAGCGUCGUGUGGAGAUUCUGGUCGAUCCCCAUCUGCAGUGCGAGCAUGACCGGGGGGAGAUAGAAAAAGUGAUUAGGCUGGCUCUUUUGUGCACACAUCCAGUCCCAAGAGAACGACCAUCCGUGGCGGAAAUAGUCCAGAUACUUGAAGGCCAUAGCAUCGAGGAGAGAUGGGAGGAGCAUCGUCGCUCGAAGGAGUAUCGGAUCCCAUCAUAUCCACUUUCAACCCCUUACCGGAGUGGGGAUUUCUCCUCUUGGUCACUCAAUCCUGAAGAAUUGUCCGGACCUAGAUAACAUAUUUUUGAUGUAACGAUAUAACCUGUUUUAAAUGGA